AUGGGCGCAGCCUGCAAGGACGACGGCAACCAGUCGCUCACCGUCACCGACAACCGCACGGGCAAGGUCUACCAGAUCCCCAUCACCCGCAACUCGAUCCCCGCCACCGCCUUCAAGGCCAUCAAGGCCGACCCGAGGACCCACUGGCUCACCGACCGACCCGAGGACGAGACCGAGCAGGGCCUCCGCGUCUUCGACCCGGCCUUCCAGAACACGGCCGUCGUCGAGAGCCGCAUCACCUACAUCGACGGAGCCAGGGGCGUCCUCCGUCACAGGGGCAUCCCCAUCGAGCAGCUCGUCGAGAAGUCCUCGUUCCUCGAGACGGCCUACCUCAUCAUCUACGGCCAGCUGCCCUCGGGACCCAGCCUGAAGACGUUUGAAGACGAGGUCCUCCACCACACCUACCUGCACCAGGAUGUCGAGCGCAACCUCGCCACGUUCCGCUACGACUCGCACCCCAUGUCGAUCCUCACCUCGGCCUUUGCGACGCUCGGCGCCUUUGCACCAGAGGCCAACCCUUCCCUGGCCGGGUCCAAGGUCUAUACCAACGCCGCCAGCGGCAACCUCGAGGCCCUCAAGCUCAUGGACAAGCAGAUCCUCCGCAUCAUUGGCAAGGCGCCCACCCUUGCUGCCGCCGCCUACCGCGUCAGGCAAGGACGCCCCUUCAACCGCCCCCCGCAGGGCCUGUCGUACACUGAGAGCCUCCUGUACAGCAUGGACCAUCUCAGCGGCACCGAGUACCGCCCCAACCCCGUCUUCAGCAACGCGCUUGACAAGCUGUUUAUCAUCCACGCCGACCACGAGCUCAACUGCUCGACCGCGACCGUCCUGCAGGCGGGAAGCAGCCUCGUCGACCCCUACAGCGCCGUCGCAGCCGGCUGCGCCGCCCUCUACGGACCAUCCCACGGAGGCGCCGCAGAGGCCUGCGUGCGUCAGCUCCUCGAGAUCGGAACGCCAGACAACGUGCCGGGCUUCAUGGCUGCCGUCGAGAAGCGCGAGCGCGUGCUGGUCGGGUUCGGCCACCGCGUGUACCGCAACGUCGACCCGCGCUCGACGGCGAUCCGCAAGAUCUGCGACGAUGUGCUCAAGGUCACUGGCAAGAGCCCGCUGCUCGAGACGGCGCUGACGCUGGCCGACCUGGCGAGCAAGUCCGAGUUUAUGCGCUCGCGCCAGCUCUACCCCAACGUCGACUUCUUCUCGGGCAUCAUCUACUACGCCAUGGGCAUCCCGCUCGACUUUUUCCCCGUCCUCUUUGCCGUGCCCCGCUGCGUCGGCUGGCUGGCCCACUGGCGGCAGAGCAUGCUGCAGCGCGGCGGCGUAAAGAUCUGGCGCCCGCGCCAGGUCUAUGUCGGCGAAGGCGAGCGCGACUACGUCGACGUCGACGCGCGCAAGGAGAGCUGGGGCGCCUCGGUCUUUGACGCCCCCGUCCAGGUCACCCACGGUGGCGACACGAUGCGCAACCGCCUUGCCACCUACCGCGACGAGGCGGGCAAGCUGCACACCAGGAGCAGGCUCUAG